AUGCAGAGAAAAAUUCGUACUAGAAGCACACCAUCACUUGAACCUCUUCUAUUGGAUCCUGAAGUUGAAAAGACAGCAAGAAGAAACAAUAGCCAAAGAAGGAGAGAAAACAGAACUUCGAGAAACAUUUCUCCCGCACCUGUAAUCUCUGAGCAACCAAACUCUUCCACAGCUCAUCAGGAAAUGGGGGAUAUGAGUGACGAUAUGAAUGGCAAUGGUGAUAGACAAGCAAGGCGCACCUUGGAAGACUACUCUACUUUUGCAGGACCGCUCCACUUUAAUAGCAUUGCUCGACCACGGGUAAAUGCUGUGAACAUGGAAAUGAAGCCUGCUCUCAUCCAUCUGGUGCAAAGUAAUCAAUUCAAUGGCCUAUCACACGAGAAUCCUUAUAAUCAUUUGGCAACUUUCUUGGAAAUUUGCAACACUGUAAAGAUCCAUCAAGUGCCAGAUGAGGCAAUAAGGCUCAGUUUAUUUCCAUUCUCCUUGGGAGGUAAUGCGAAGAUGUGGCUGAAUUCUUUCCCUGAAAAUAGCUUCACUACGUGGGAGGAUGUUGUGGCAAAAUUCCUCAACAAAUUCUUUCCACAGUCCAAGGUUAACAAAGGGAAACAGGAGAUUUCAUCUUUUCAGCAGGAUGUCAAUGAGACUCUGAGUCAAGCCUGGGACAGAUUCAAAGGGCUACUGAGAAAGACACCCACUCAUGGGUUUGAUGAACCUACCGUUCUCAACAUGUUUUUGGGAGGAUUGAGAUCCCAAACCAAAUUGAUGUUAGAUGCCUCAGCUGGAGGAAAUAUCCGUUGGAAGACACCAGAAGAAGCUCAUGAGCUAAUAGAAAACAUGGCUGCAAAUGACAGUGAAUUGCAGAAUGAAAGGGCUCAGCAAAAAGGCGUAUUUCAACUACAAUCUCAGGAUGCUCUAUUAGCCCAAAACAAGAUAAUGACCCAACAGCUUGAAGCUCUCAUGAACAAACUCUCUCAAUUGCCAAAAGAACUCCAGAAUGUUUCACAAGCCCAACAUCAAGGGUGUGAAUUGUGUGAUGGAGAACAUGCUAAUGGUCAUUGUGCUAUGCAGGUCAAUACCCAAGAAGACGUGAACUAUAUGGAAGCACUACAACAAAUGCCGGCCUAUGCAAAAUUCAUGAAGGAACUCCUCACUAAAAAGAGGAAAUACAUUGAGGAAGAGACCAUUGAAGUUCAAGGUAACUGCAGUGCCAUUAUCCAGAAGCUCCUCCCUCCUAAAUUCAAGGAUCCUGGUAGCUUCACCAUUCCCUGCACUAUAGGUAAGCUAGCUAUUGGAAAAGCAUUGAUCGAUUUGGGUGCAAGCAUCAAUUUGAUGCCUUUCUCUUUAUUUGAGAAAAUUGGAGUGCUUGAACUCAAACCUACUCGGAUGAGCCUACAAUUGGCAGACAGAUCCAUCAAGUAUCCACUUGGUGUAGUGGAGGAUGUUCUUGUACGAGUAGAUAAAUUUGUGUUUCCAGUGGAUUUCGUUAUCAUGGAAAUGGAGGCGGAUGUGGAGGUACCACUCAUCCUUGGAAGGCCAUUCAUGAAGACGACAAGAGUACUCAUCGAUGUUGAUGAUGGUAAGCUCAAGGUGAGGGUGGAAGAUGAAGAGGUGAAUUUCAAUGUUUUUGAAGCAAUGUCUCACCCCAGUGAUGAGGGAGCUUGCUUUCAAGUUGAUGUGCUUGACGAAGCCUGCGUAACGGUAGAAAGGGAGAUACAUGUGUCGUCCCCGCUGAUAAAAACACUCAUAGAUGCACGUGAAUCUCUCAAUGAAGAAGAAGAGAAAAUGAUUGAAGAACGUUUAACAGAUUUGGAUGUGCUGAAGGAGAUCCCAUCUAAUGAGAUGAGGGUAACAACAAGCCUGUGA